GAUAAUUAGGAUAAACAGCAGCAAGUGUGGAACUCUGCCUUGGAAUGCCAACAUUGCUCGUCUUAUCAAACUUACGACCCGCGGGGCUAGUUUCUCGCAGAAACAGAAUCUAGCAUCGCCAGACAGUGCUGACACAUAAAUCGCAAUGUAGCUCAAGGGAUAUAAGGAGGAUGUCUGUUCCAAAGUAUACUCCCACUUUCGUCGGAAUUGUACUCGUUCUGCUUCUGUGUCUUGCUGUGGAAGGGAAAGGGAAAGGGAAAGGGAAAGGGGCAAAGAUACGACCUGAGAAGCGUAAAUGUCUGGAAGUGACUUACAUCGACACCAUCGGCAAAUUACGAUGCAGAUCCAAAAACUCUAUCUAUUAUAUCAACAUCAGCAGCAGCGUCGACACGUGCAAAAACACCACCGACGACAGUUGUUCCGGCCUCCAGCCGAAGGUCAUCACCGAUUCCAACACGUGCUUCUGGAAGAGAAGCUGCCUCAUCGCCUACAGCCGACGUGCUCCUAUUGUCAAAACCUCAAACCACAACUGUAUAGGGAAGUUCCCGAUGUCACUGUCCAUUCAAUACAGCUGCAUCAAGGAUGAUCUUAUAUUUUGGCUACAUGACAACAAUACACAGGCGACGAAAGAACAUACAUCCGAUAAAGGUAUGCUUGUGAGUCACAUUGACUAUCCAUGGCACUAUCGGGGCGAUGUGAUCAUAACCCUUACACUGAGAUCAACCUCCAGUACGAAGAACAAGCUGUUUAUUACCGUGCCCUCAAUGGAUAUUGACGAACCGGACGACAUCGCCAACAUCACCGACUAUACCUACAACACCGGCGGAGUGAGCGUCAGUAUCAAUGCGACAGGAAUGAGCAGGUCAGCUGUGAUCACAGGGAAGGUGAACACGAAUGACUCCAUGACAAUAAUCAAGUUCUACACAAACAAUGCCUCGGCCACUGCUCAGGGUUUCAUCUUGUGUUACUACUGGACGGAACCUACACAAGACUUGUCACGGGAAGAUAUUUGUGGCAAAUUGAAGAAAAAGAAAAGGACACCAAAACCUGGAAGGGGGGAGAAAACUAAUAGGAAGAGCAGUAGGAAAGGAAGGAAGAAGAAUGGCAGGAAGAGGGAGAAGAAGAAGGAGAAGACGGGGUGAACGGUGUCAGGUGCUACUGGACACGUGCAUAGGACCACACUUUGAUGGAGAAAUGACACAGCGUCGCCUAUAGUGAUGGUUAAAGAAGGUCGAUCGGAAAAAGACGGCUAUAAUUGUUGCUCUUUGAGAUAAUAAGUUCCACACUACAUGUAUGCGGAGAAAUGACACUACGUCGCCUAUGGUGAUGGUUAAAGAAGGUCGAUCAGAUAAAGACGGCAUUUGAUUAUUACUGUUAUAUAUAAUAAUAGUGCGUAGCAUAGAGUGCUCAAACAGCCAGAUAAUAAAGUAAUAAACUGGA